AUGCAGAGUAUGCAUGUAAAUACACAUGCAAUUAGUAUAAUCCUAGCUCUAUUUGCAGGUGAUGUUAUUCAAACACACGAAUUGAAUUCUCUACCGAAUGAUGUAUGCAAGGAGUGUGCAGGGUUGCCCAUCGUUAUUUGUACCAUAGCAAAAGCAUUAAAAAAUAAGAGUCUUCCAUCUGAUUGGAAAGUAGCACUGCAAGAAUUAAGAGCUCCAUCACCAACAAAGUUUAUAGGAUUCCUAGAAAAGGAAUACAUGAAGAUGGCCUUAAGUUACAAUUAUUUAAGGGAUGAAGAACUUAAGAAAACGUUUUUAAUUUCUAGUCUAAUGGACAAUAAUACUUCAAUUUCAGACUUAUUCAAACAUGUUAUGUGUUUGGAUAUACUUGAAGGAGCUAAUUUAACAAUGGAAGAUGCACGAGAUAGACUGGAUAAAUUGGUUCGUGACCUCAAAGAUGCUAGUUUGUUACUUGACGGGUUUAGAAGUGAACAAUUUACUAUGCAUGAUGCUAUUCGUGUUGUUGCUAUAACAAUAGCAUACGUUGAUCACCAUGUAUUUACAUCGAAAAAUGACAUUGAACGAGAAUGGAGGGAUAAAGAUAAACUCAAGAAAUGCACAAAAAUCUCCUUACAUGGUAAUAGUACUAUUAUUAGUCAACUUCAGCCUAAGGAUUUUGAUUGUCCAGCUCUUGAAUAUUUCUACAUGUCAAGCUCUUAUUUAAAAAUCUCGGAGGACUUCUUCAAAGUGAUGCCAAAGCUCAAAGUUUUAAAUUUGGUUCAAUUGCACCAAUCGUCUUUGCCAUCAUCUAUUCAUCUUUUGAAAAACCUUCGAACACUAUGUUUAGAUGAUAGCACAAUUAACGAUGUUGCUAUUAUUGGAAAGCUAAAGAAACUAAAAGUCCUUAGCUUGAAACAUUCAUUUAUUAAAGAGUUGCCUGAAGAAAUAGGUGAAUUGACUGAACUUAGGCUAUUAGAUUUAAGCAAUUGUAAACAAUUGCAAGUCAUUGUGCCAAAUGUGAUGUCAAAAUUAUUACAAUUGGAAGAAUUUCAUAUAAAGGUAUGUCCUAUUCAGUGGAAGGUUGAUGUACUUAAGGAGUUAAAACUCUUAUCUAAUCUCUCGAGUGUAGAAUUGGAUGUUAGAGAUAACAAGGUGUUACCUAAAAAUUUAUUUGCCAAAGAGCUUAAAAGGUACAAAAUAUCAAUAGGAGAUUUUUGGAAAAUAUUUCGAGAAUAUGGAGAACUUGAGCAUUAUGGGGAACAUGAGCUUUUGAGGACGUUGGAAGUUCAAUUUAAUUCUGUCAAGUCACUAGAAGAAUUACAUGGAUUCAAGAAUAUUGAACUCGUACAGUUAGCUGAAUUUUCAGAAGAUGAGAACUCUGUUGAGGUUUCAAAAUUUGAUUUGCAGUCCAAUGAAAUGAUACCUUUGUUUAAUGAAAAGGUUAUUUUUACCAAUUUUAGGAUGUUGGUUUUGUACAAUAUUAGUCUAAGAAAGAUUUGGGAUAGCCGAAUUUCAACUUUCUCUCAAAAUUUGAAACGAUUGAAGGUCGAUAGAUGUGGAAAGAUGACACAUGUGUUUCCAUUUUCAAUAGCCAAAAGCCUCAAACAACUUCAAUGCCUAGAGAUAAUAGAUUGUGAGGUUUUAGAGAAGAUUGUUGACGAAGGAGCUGAAGUUGUUGUUAAUUCUAUCUUUCCACAGGUAACUGAAUUGGUGCUCAAAAGACUACCAAAACUUACAAUUUUCUAUCCAGGAACACAUGUUUCAGAAUUCCCAAUGUUAAAAAGGUUGGUGAUAGAAUAUUGUGAAAAUUUGACUUCGAGAUAUUUGGGCUUGCAAGAUGAUAACAAGAAGGGUGCACUUCCAAAAUCAGAGUCAAAAUUCCUCUGCUUAGAAAAUAAGAUCAACCACAAUUUGGAGGAAUUUGAAUUACAGGAUGGUGUGAGAGAAAUUAGAUGGCAGAGUCAAUAUAAAGUUCUUACUAUCUCGUUGGACAAAGCAAAUAUUCCACUUGGACUCCUUCAAAGAUUUCAAGGUGUGAAAAGGCUUGAACUAUAUGUGUGUGAAUACAAAGAAAUUAAGAGUGUAUCUAAUCUUCCAAAUCUUGAAGAUCUGUAUGUAAUGCAUUGUAUGAAAUUGAUGAGUCUACUGCCAUCUUCAACUUCUUUCCAAAAUCUUAAAGUCCUAGAUGUCUGGCGUGUGAGUGGGUUAGUUGCCUUAACAACACCUUCAAUGGCUAAAAGCUUAGUGCAGUUAAGAGAAUUGAGAAUAUCAAAUUGUGGAAUGUUGGUUGAAAUAGUAGAGAAUGAGGGAGAAGCAACAACAAGUACUGAAAUUGUUUUUGACAAUUUGAAGUUGUUGUCACUUAAAGUGUUAGAAAGUCUCACAUAUUUUUGCUCUGGGAAUUACUCUUUCAAUUUCUCAUCACUAGAAGAAUUAAUUAUAAAAAAAUGUUCCAAUAUGAAGACUUUCUCUCAAGGAAUGCUAAGCACUCCAAAGUUGCACAAAGUCAAUUAUGAGGAAUUGGAAAUAGAAAAUAAAGGGAAUGAUCUUAAUAAAAUCAUACAUGGAUUGUGCAAAAAGAAAGAUGAGGAAAUCUCCAUUGAUUUCAAGCACAAGACAUUCAAAGAUGAUAAUUCUAUAGAAAUUUGCUACAACCAACAUCCAACUUCCUUUUAUCAAAAUUUGACACACUUGAUCCUUUGGAAUUGUGGAAAUAUAAAAUAUGCAUUUUCACCUUCCAUUGCCAAAACUCUCCACCAAUUCCAACAAUUAAAGAUAAGGUACUGUAUGGCUUUAGAAGAGAUUGUCACAAAAGAAGAAGGAGCAAAUGCUAUGGUCAAUUUUGUCUUUCCAAAUGUAACUUUAUUGAAGCUUGAAAAUCUACCUAAUCUGACUGUUUUCUACCCUGAAAUACAUACUUCAGAAUGGCCAAAGUUGAAGGAAUUGGUGGUGAGAAAUUGUGUCAAGUAUCUGAGCUUCAAAAGUAUCACCAAGGAGAGUGAAAUUGAUAGUUUAGAUCCAAAAGCUAUCUUUUUGGAUGAUAAGAUCAACUCCCAUUUGGAGGUAUUUGAAUUUCAGAAUGGUUUAGCAGAAAUUACUUGGCAAAAUAAAUCUAAAACUCUUGAAAUCUCUUAUGAUAAGUCAGCAUAUAUUCCAAUUGGACCCCUUCAGAGAUUUUACAAACUGAAAAAGCUUCAAUUAAAUGGUUGUAAUUACAAAGAAAUUAAGAUGCUAUCGGAUCUUCCAAGUCUUGAAGUUCUAGAUGUAUCUUGGUGUGAAAUGUUGUUGAGUCCAUUGCUAUCUACACCUUCUUUCUAG